CUGAAGAUGGAGGGCGUGACCCACCUGCCCCGGACAGUGACCAGCGACGUCCAGAGCUCAGAGCGCUACAGCGUUUACACCGAGGGCGGCGUGCUGUUUGUCACCAGCCGAAUCCUGGUGGUGGACUUCCUCCUGGACCGCAUCCCCGCUCACCUCAUAUCAGGCAUCCUGGUGUAUCGAGCUCAUAAAAUCAUCGAGUCGUGUCAGGAGGCCUUCAUCCUGCGGCUGUUCAGGCAGAAGAACAAGACCGGGUUCAUUAAAGCCUUCACCGAUAAAGCCACGGCUUUCUCCACCGGCUUCUGCCAAGUGGAGCGCGUCAUGAGGAACCUUUUUGUCAAGAAACUCUUCCUGUGGCCUCGGUUUCAGGCUUCCGUCAACACCGUGUUGGAGAAGCACAAGCCAGAAGUGGUGGAGCUGCACGUGUCCCUGACGCCGGCCAUGAGGGCCAUCCAGAGCUCCAUCCUGGACGUCAUGAGCGCCUGCCUGAAGGAGCUGAAGCGCUACAACCCCACGCUGGAGGUGGAGGACCUGUCGCUGGAGAACACGCUGGGGAACGCCUUCGAGAAGACGAUCCGACACUACCUGGACCCUCUGUGGCAUCAGUUGGGGGCUAAAACCAAAGCUUUGGUUCAUGACCUGAAGGUGCUGAGGGUCCUUCUGCUCUACCUCACUCAGUACGACUGCGUCACCUUCCUCAACCUGCUGGAGUCUCUGCGCUCCAGCCAGAAGAUCUUCAGCACCAAUUCAGGUAAACCUG